AGAUGGAGUAGAAAUUUCGAUGCGGCGAUGCCGCCGUCGCAAGGCGGCGCUACCGAUCAUCGGCCACAACAGAAAUGAGGAAGAUUUCUCUUCUCUGGAUUCGAAGAAGAAGAAGAAAGAAUCGAUCAUCCUUCACUAGUGGCGGCACUGAAAGCUUGCAGCGCCACCAAGGACCUCGAAUCCGCCAUUCGCCCGUGACCCAGGUCUCCAACGCGCUGAUAAGCAUGUAUGGGAAAUGCAACAGCAUGAUCGACGCGCGAUCCAUCUUCGACUCCAUGCCUCGUAAGGACCUGGUGUCGUGGAACUCUCUGGCUUUCGGCUACGCUGUGAAUGGAGAGCCAGGCCGAGCUCUAGAGAUCCUUGGAGCUAUCCAAGCAAGCGGUACCCUCCAGCCCAAUGCCCGGACGUUCCUUGCGGCGCUCUUGGCUUGCUCCAGUCUAGCCGACGAGGAGAUCGCCAAGCUCGUCGAUGGGAAGCUCUUCAAGUCUUCGUGCUUGGAAAGAACAGUGGCAAUUCAUCUCGACGCCGGGAAGCGUGGCUGCCUCGACGUUUACGUAUCAACUUCGCUGGUCGAUCUCUACGCGAAGUGUGGCAGCGUGGUGGAGGCUGCCCGGGUUUUCCACAGGAUGCCGAGCCACAGCGUCGUCUCCUGGAGCACGCUCAUACAGGGAUACGUAGAGAACCACGAGAACGAGGUGGCGCUGGGUUACUACGAGCUUAUGGGAGAUUCGAGGAUUCCACCCGACUGCCGGACUCACGUCGCUGCUCUGAUGGCUUGCUCGAGCUUGGCUCUGCGAGAGGAAGGCCGGGAAGUCGAUGGAAAGGUGGUGAAGACGCAGGCGCUGGAGAAGGGAAUGGCUGUUCACUCUCGGAUUGACAAGCUCGAGUGUGCAUCGGACGUGAUCCUGGCAAGCACGGUGGUCCAUUUCUAUGCAAAGUGUGGGAGGCUGGAGGACGCCGGCGCAGUGUUUGAGGCAAUGCUGCGGCACGACGAGAUCUCCUGGAACACUCUGAUCAUGGGAUACGUGGAAAACGGGAAGUACGAUCUAGCUUUGGAGCUUUUCUCGAGAAUGAGGCUGGAGAAAUGCUCGUCUAGUCGAGCGACUGUUGCUGUUCUCAUGGCCUGUGCGAGUUUAGCAGCGAGAGAGCAAGGCAAAGAACUGGACGGGAUGUUUGUGAAGGCGGAGUGUUUGCAGAAGGGGAUGGAAAUCCACAGGGAAGCUGUAGUCAGUGGCUGUGACUCGGACGGCUUCGUGGCAAGCUCGCUGGUGGAUAUGUAUGCCAAGUGUGGAAGCAUGAAGGAUGCUCGAGCGGCUUUUGACAGGAUGGCCUAUCACGACGUCGUGUCGUGGACAACAUUGAUACUAGGAUACGCAGAGAAUGGUCUGGGGGAACUGGCUCUGGAUCUCUUCUCACAGAUGACUUCCGGGGCUCCAAACCAUCUCACGUACGUUGCUGCGCUGGUGGCAUGCGGGAACUCAUCAGCUCUGGACAGUGGAAGGAAGAUCCACAGCAGGAUACUUCGUUCGGGGCUUGAGACCGAGGUGGUCGUGGAGAGCAGCCUAGUGGAUUUCUACUGCAAGUGUGGCAGCAUGGACACCGCCGAGAGUGUGUUCUUGUCAAUGCAGACGAAGAGAUUGGUUACUUGGAGCGCGUUGAUAGCAGGAUAUAGCAGGCAAGGUGAUACACUCCCCGUGUUUGAUCACUUUCGGAAGCUCCGGGACGAAGGCUUACAACCAAAUGGGAUCACAGUUCUGUCCGUUCUCACCGCUUGCAGCCAUGCCGGGCUAGUUGACAAGGGGAAGAAGAUCUUCGACUCAAUGCUCGCGGAGUUUGGCGUGAAGCCGGAGAUCGACCACUAUCACUGCAUAAUCGAUCUUCUGAGCCGGGCCAACCGUCUCGAAGAGGCAGUCGAGCUUGUGCAAAGCUUGCGUUGCGAAGACAGCUAUUUGGCAUGGACAACCAUCUUGAGUGGAGCUUGCAAGUGGAACAACUUACAGGUUGGGGAGAAGGCUUUUCAGUCUCUGAUGAAGCUCGAGGAUCGAGAUGACGAUGCUGCUUGCGUGCUUAUGGGAAACCUCUAUGGACGUGCUGGGCUCUGGGAGAGGCGUGCUCAAUUACUCGAGUGCAAUGCUAAGAGAAAGAACUGAAGUUUAUACUUUUAAGCUCCGAGUGGUCAGCUCGUCGGCAUCAUCAUCGUCGUCCUGGUAAACCUUGCUGA